UGUUUAACCACGCGUCUCCCUUUUCAAGUUUUUCAUAGGCAACUUCUUUCAACCAUUACGGAAGGUUAAGAAGGCAGCAUGUCUUUACGUCUAAUAUGCUGGUUAUUUUGGUGCCUCGCGGUCCAUUUCGUCUUCAUUUCAGAAUCUGAGGCCGCUCUUGGAGUUUCUGCAGACCCUUGUUCUCCCGAUCCUUGCUGGAACGGGGGUGUUUGCGCCGCGAACGGGUCUGCUUUCAUCUGCAACUGUCAACAUGGAUUUAGUGGCCAGAAAUGCCAACUGCGAAGUACAGAUUGCCCAGUAAACUCGUGUGUAAAUGGAAUCUGUAGACUGGAUAAAGCUGGAGCACCACAAUGCUUCUGUACGCCUGGAUUUACUGGGAAAUUAUGCGACAUCAAUCAAGAUGAGUGUGCUUCCAGUCCGUGCAAAAAUGGCGCUUUGUGUGUUGACGAAGUGAAUGGUUAUAAAUGCGUUUGUAAAGACGAUACCUAUGGCCAUCACUGUGAAAUUCAUCAAAGUGAAAUACAGCAGUGCAUAGCGCGAUGUGAUCAAGAACCUUGCUGGCGAAAUUACUCGUUCUCCGUGCCAGUUCUUUGGGGAUAUGAAGAGAGCAUUUGCAGUACGAAACAUUCGUGUUUCGGUGGCGAGAAUGACACGGAAGCCAACGUUUACGACACGUUUGUAGAGGUACAGUUAAUGCCUUUGCAGAUUCAAGUUGGAGACACACUUAAUUUUACGGCUGACGAAGAAAUCGUCGCUUAUGCUGGUGGAUUUGUGCCCCAUCAUGUGGUUGCUGCGGACGGCGCAAAAGCGUUCUUAGGCUGUAACGAGAGUAAUGGAAUUCCUCUCGUAAAUAAACCAACCAACAGCGUUGUAGUCGACCUAGACGUUCUCAAGCUGGGUAUCAACUAUUUUAUCGCUAAUAUUGACUCGACAUUUCGCUGUGACUUUGGUUUACGUUUAAAUGUGAGCGUUAAAGAGAACAAUUGCAAAGCUCCCUCUUCCAGCGAGAUUUGUUCCAGCAGAGGGCAAUGCACUACAAACUUUACAACCCCACAGUAUCGCUGUAAAUGCUGCGGCGGCUUUACAGGGGAAUUUUGUGAAAAAGUAGACUAUUGCUUCUCAAAACCGUGCAAAAAUAACGCUACUUGUCAAAAUAUGGAAGGUUCAGCUGAUGGUACUACUCAUGUAUGCAUUUGUCUACCAGGCUAUGAGGGAAGGGAUUGCUCCAGGGUAACUGAUAUGUGCGUGUCUGUCCCAUGUAUGAAUGGAGGGAGAUGUGUACCCAUGGUGAAUAACUUUACGUGCCACUGUCCAAGAGGUUUCACGGGAAGAAACUGUGAAGUAAAUAUCAAUGAAUGUGCGUCUUUGCCCUGCAUGAAUGGAGGUACUUGUCUUGAUGGCAUUGGAGAGUUUUCUUGUUCUUGUCCCAUGGGGUUUACAGGUAUCAAAGUCACUUUUUAAUAAGUAACCAUGUGGUUAAUAUUUUUCAUUAUUAAUUGAAACUUCUAUGAGUUUAAAUUUUUUUUGGCAUUAUUGCUUUAUGAUAUAUUAUUAUUAUGAAAUCAAAUUCAUAAAUUUUACUUCUCCUUCAAAAACAUUAAUGUGUAAAUAUUAAAGUGAUAUUCUUAUUACAGAUGUGCAUGUGGUUUUCUUUAGUGAAAAAUACCUGCAACAUCACACCAUUGGAAAACUGACAAGUAAACUUUAAAAGGCACAAAAUAUUUCCAAGGAACAUGUGUCUCACAGAAUUUUUUCAAAUUAUCUCAGGAAAUAGGUAUAGGGUCACGUUACUGGAACUCUGAAAGGCAAUAGAAAACAGAUCAAGUUAGUUAGGGUUCCAGUUAUCAGGGUCAAUUUAAAAUUCAAUUUGCCAUAUUAAGAAUUGAUAGUUACUGAUUUUUCAGCACUUCAGUGUCUGGUGCAGUGCAAAUUUAACUUAAUUCAUCAGAAACAGUAACAUGAUCAUGAUAAAACUUAAUCUGUUCAUUUCACCAAUAUUAAAAUCAAAUUGCUUUAGUGUUGAACAGUGUUAGUUUUAGUGUUUUAACGUUUAUACAACAAGAAGAGCUAAUGGGAUGGCGUCCAAGUGGGGUUGAAAGUAGAACCACGAUUCGAGUUGUCGGGGUAAAUUUCAGUGACUUUUUGAUCAAGGGAAAAGAUAUUUAGUUUGAGUAAGCUGGGAAUUCAAGUUAUUCAAGUUUGAGUUAAUUGAGUAAUAAUGACUGAAAAGUGGGGUGAAAUCUAAGGGAAAUUGGACUUAGUUCAAGGUAGCGGGGAUUUUGAGGUUAUCGGGGUUGUACUGUAUUCAUAAAUCAUCGUCAGGGCCGGGUCUAGACUUGCCCAAUAACCCCUGGCACCUUAGUUACUUUGCUCUUAGGUGAUCAGUAGCAAAUGAUAUCUUUUUCAUAGAAAUCCUGUGUUUGACAACCUGGAUUUCACAGGUUCUGAGCAUUGGACUCCCUUCAAUUUUUCUUAGAGCACAGCCUUAACUGCUUUUUUUCCCCCUCAGGUUCUCAUUGUGAGGUCGACAUAGACGAGUGUUCCAGCUCACCUUGUGUUCAUGGCACAUGCAUUGAUCAAGUAAAUAGUUUUAAGUGCCAAUGUUCACCAGGUUAUUAUGGUAUUAAAUGUGAUUACAAUCUGGAUGAAUGCCUGUCAAGUAAAGGCAGUAACCCUUGCCACAAUGGAGGCCGAUGUAUUGACGGAGUCAACAGUUACCAGUGUGAUUGUGGACCAGGUUUUAAGGGCACCCACUGUGAGAUAGAUGUUGACCUCUGCAAGGAACCCAACAUGUGUGUCAAUUCAGUGUCAUGCACUGAUAAGGGUCAAAGUGUUGAGUGUGUAUGUCAAGCUGGAUUUACAGGUUACAACUGUGCCGUCAACAUCAAUGACUGUCUUUCACAGCCAUGCAUGAACGGUGGUACUUGUAGGGAUAAGGUGAAUGAUUUUGAAUGUAUUUGCCAGGAAGGAUUUGGAGGAAAAACUUGUGAAGGUCAGUAAAAUUCACCCCAUUUUUUUAUUCUAUUUUUUAUUUUUUUUAUUUCAUUUUUAAUGAAACAAAGGCAAGAGUAAGAACAUAGAUUUUACCAACAACGUAUUACAUUAUAAUUAUAUAAGGCCAACUCUCACUUAACAGAAAUCUUAAUAAGAUGCGCCCCUCCCAUAGAGAUGACACUUGCUGGUGACUGCCAUUCACUAGUCAGUCAUUUUUUUGUUACUCUCUACAAAGCAGAAAUCUCUCUAUGACAAACAAUAUUAUUAGCACUAGUCUCCUCUCGGUCCAUUAUGAAGAGAGUUGAUUUUGAAGCUGUUAAAGUCCAGGGCUGUCAUUAAUGGUAAAUUAUGUGAUUAAUGGGGUAACAUUUGAGUUCAAGUAAUAAUGACAAUAAAAUAAAAUAGGAAACUUCAGGUCUUAAUGGCAUCUAAGAAUUAAUUCCUAGAUCACUAAAAAUUAGGCUUGCAUGAAAUUUUUUCCUCCAUCAUGCAAGGCUGAUGUCUGCCCUUUUCCAUCUGAUUUUUGGCACCUGAUGUUUGUUUGAUCGUAUUAAAUUUUUAGAGUUAAAUAAUUAACUAAUCUUAUUGAGGAGCAUUCCUUAUGAGAAAACAAAGGUUUUCACCUUCCAAACUUUAGUCAGUGAGUGCUUUAUGGAACACUAUUAUUGUAAAGAAACACCUCUUGUUUUUAUGUCAAAUGCAGAUAUGGCAGGUACCAUUCCUUCUGAAACAUUUCACCAACAGUUAAGCCUCAAGUUGAUGACUGAAGACUGCAAACUCCUGCUGGCACAGGUAAUACAUGUUUUAUGUAGGGAGAAAAAUUCACGAAUCUCUUCAAGAAAAUCGCUGUUUUAUUCCCUCUCAAAUCUGCCAUUAACUAAGUAAAGUGCCAAGGGUAUUAUAGUAAUGCAAGGUAUUGGCAAAAUUCCGGGAAAAAUGUAACAAGGCCCUAAGAAAUCAAUCCUUAGAGUACCACUUGAAAUAACAGAAGCGCGCUGUGCGAAGGAUUCUCCUGUGUCGUGUCUCAACCGAGACUAUACUGUAAAAAAAUCCUCUUUGCUCGAGCCGCCACUGACACAGCAUCGUAACAUAUUCAAAAAUCAUGUUUCUACAAAGACGUGAUAAAUACCCAAAACCAGUGUCAGAUCUGGAUAUAUCUAAAGAAUGCAUGCUGUGUACAACUAAACAUUGUACUCUGAGAUCACAUGAUAAACCUCAACAGCACUGUACGAAGAUGUUUAAAGCAAAAACCUCUAAGAUAACAGCAGCUAUGGAAACAAUCAUAAUUGCUUUUACGGGAUUUUGAGCAGACAUAUCUUAUAAAACUGACAAUUUUAUUCAACAGGAAUACGCACAUACUGAAUAAAUUGUCUGUUGCAUAAGUUUUUACAUAUUUUACAAACAAUUUUCUUCCCUGGUAGAGAGAGGCAAAAUUUACCGAAAGAAAUUAGGGGAAAAUUCUCCUUGUCCCCUGGUAGUUACAAUUAAACGAACCAAUCAGCUUAAUUUGCGUCUUUGUAAAAAUAUCAACCAAUCAGUGCUCGAGGGUCAGAUCCUGACCCUGUCGUCUGUAUGAAAGUGAGAUUCGAGGCCAAGGUAACCAGAGGGUUUUCUCUCUCUCCUCGAUGCUUAAUUUGCAUCUUUGUAAAAAUAUCAACCAAUCAGUGCUUGAGGAUCAGAUCCUGACCCUGUCGUCUGUAUGAAAGUGAGAUUCGAGGCCAAGGUAACCAGAGGGUUUUCUCUCUCUCCUCAAUGCUUUGCAGCUCACUCUCUCCUUCCUGAAGAAAAACUCCACGAAAAACCUCUGGGAUUAGGGUACUUUUUUUUAAUUCUUACAACGUAAAUAUUGUGCAUAUGUCAUUAAUUUUCUUGAGUAUAAAUUCACACUUUUGCAGAAACAUUCAUACGUGUAGUUCUUUUCCUUUAUAGAGAGUAAGUGACCCCUAGAAGUAAAAAUUAAGCCAUAGUAUUUUAUUAGAAAGGAUCACCUACAUGAAUUGCACAUUUAUGUCACAGUUCAGGUGUAAACUGAUGCAUCUCAAGUCAGUAAUAAUCCAGUCAGGGUUCCCUACUUGGAUUUAGCCCACUGAUUGAGGAAUACUUUUUUUUUUUAAAUUCAAAAUUGGAAUCAUCUCAAUGCUGUAUCCCAGCCUUUAUUUUAAGUUGACUGAAUUUCUCUGUGUUGUUUUACCAGGGAGCUGUUGCAGUUUCACGUAUAAGCCAAGGAGUGACCUCUAGCAUUGCCGAGGCUUGCAACUGUAGCUAUAGUGUUGCAAACAUUGUGGAUGGAUCUGUGUUACUUCAGUGUAGAGACAGUAUCAGUGCAGAAGUAAGCAUGAAAAUCAAACCUGUUAAGGGUCAUUCAGUGAAUCAGCUCAUCUGCCAGUUUCAUAACCUGCUUAUUCAACACAAGAAUGUCAUUGACUUAGGUAAGUUCCUUCCAAGGUGUGCCUUUUUAAUCAGUAGUUGGAAGCAAGAUAGAAAGAAUUGAACCCAUCGACAGUAGAUGGGUGUGGCAAUGGUGCCUUGUCAAACUGAGGGAGCCACUAGUAAUCCCAGAAGGUAACCAUGACAACCCUGUUAGCGGCAGGUCCCCAGGGUCUCUCAGUUGGGGUCUCUUUUUCUGGUGAUUUCUCUGAACUAAUGACAUCAAAGCUAGCUAGUUAUGAAAAAUAUUAUUAGCUGUGAGAUUUGAGCCAAUCAGAAACCGAGAAAUAUUUUGAAUAAAUGAUUAUAAAGAACAUUAUUAUUCGGCAAUCCUUAAAUGAUCUAAAAGAUACCUAGGGGUGUUUAAUAAAUAGGUGGCAUUUACUCUCAUAACUGUAACUCCACAAAAUAACUCAUAACUCCACAAAAUUAAUAGCUUUUCGGUGAAUAUAUCACCACAGUGUAUAAAAUAAUAGUAGACUAUCCAGUCCAUCCAUUGAUAUGUCUAUGCUGUUAAGAGAUCCAAAUUGUUUUUUAAAAGCUCAGUGUUGAUGUCUGAAUCCUUACUUAGAACUUGGCAUUGAACAAAAUACAAUGCACCAACUGUUCUUAAGCAAACACAAAACUGAAUAAAUUGAAUGAUUUUGCCCUGUCACUAUUUCUUAGUAUUUUGGAUAAACUGUCAUGUGGGGCAUCUAUUGGACAGGAGACGUUUAUUAGAGAGGGGCUUUUAUGGCAAAAUCUAAGAGUGUAUUGGUGGGGUGGGGGGUUGUUUAUUAGACAAGACUGAGGCUUUUUUUGAGAGAGGAUGUCUAUCAGAUCAAUUAUGGUAUUUUAAUUCAGUAGCUUCACAUGUCAUUUUUCUUGUUUUUCCUCACCAGGUUACAACACAUUCGCCGUUAGAGUGCUUAGUGACCUCUCUUCCUGUGGUCACUUAAAGCAACAAGAGAGUGUGGUAAAAAGCGAUGUAAAAGAAUCCGAUGGAGUGAGCAGUUCCAGAAACUUGGCUGUGACGGUUUCUUUAGUGUGUGCAGCCGUAGGCCUCAUAGCAGCAGCUGUUGUUGUGUGUUUGAAGUGUCGCAGAGCACGUCCUCCAGUUAAAAGACACUCAUCCAAGUAAGUGGUACUUUUUGGAUACUACAGCAUGGUCAUCAGAGCCAACAAAUAAGAACCCCAUUACCCCUCCGUAAUUUCUGAACCCUUUAAGCCUUAAGAGGUUAUCACUAUUGAUUUUCUUCCUUGUUAUAUCUGUGCUGUGUAAAACAGAGUGGUCACGGUUAUUAAGGAUAAAAUCACAGCAACGAAUCAACUUGAUACUUACAGCUGUUUCAGAUAACACAUGACUUGUAUUGUCAAAAAAGUUUCAGGAUUUUGGCUUUUUCCUCUAUGUCAAUCAAACUGUUACCAUAGCAUCCGAUCCUUGGGUGUCAAAUAAAGGCGGCAGUAAUGAGCAGAAGCUGCAAAAUUAAAUGUUUGCGGGAAUUUGUUUUCACUCUCUCAUAUCUGUGUUUCUUAUGGAUUUGGAAGCUAGGAACUACUUCACCUUGGGAAUCUAAACUUGCCAUGUUUCAGUAAGAAGGGAAAAAAACUUAGAAGCUAAAACGUGAAAACUUAACAUCACACAAAAGAACAUCAUAGCACAAAUCCUCCCGACACACUACACAAAAUGGAUCGACAUCCACAAAUCGCAAACCAUGUCUGUUUCCUAAGAGAUCCGUGAGAAAGCACCGCGCCUUCAGAUUUUGAUUGAUUUCGCAGAAAAACCUUAAGUCCAAAGACGUUUUUGAUAUCACAGGUUGCGUGUUUUCCGAAACAGCUGUAAACAAUAUUUUCCUACUACCUCUGAGUAGAGGAAAUGUAACUAGACUCAUGAAAAUAAAUAUAUUUAUGUUAGGGUUUAUAGGGAUAUGCCCAUUUUCUGUGCUAUUUUUUUUUUUUUUUUUUUUUUUUGUUUUUCUCUUCAUUUUCUUUUUUUUGGUUUUUUUGGUUUUUUUUUUUGUUUUAAGGCAAAAGCCGUUUUUGAUAUGACGGGUUGUGUGUGUUCCGGAACGGCUGUAAACUAUAUUUUCCUACUAACUCUGUGUUGAGGAAAUGUAACUUGUCUCAUGAAAAUAAAUAUAUUUAUUUUAUGUUUUUUAGGGAUAUGCCCAUUUUCUGUGCUAUUUUUUUUUUUUUUUUUUUUUAUGAGCUUACCAUUCAAUUUCUUUGAUGUGGAUUACUUAGUGCUGGUUUUUUCUGUGCUAUUUUUUUUUUUUUUUUUUUUUUUUGGGCUUUACCUUUCAUUUUUUUUUUUGGGGUUUUUUUGUUUUUGUUUUUUCCCUUUUUUGGAAUGGUUUUUUUUUUUUCCUAAAAAUGUUUAGGGCACCCCAAACUUUUUUUUUUUUUUCUUUUCUUUUUGAAAAACACGUUAUAUAACUUUUUUUUUUGUUUUUUUUUUUUUUUUUUUUUUUUAUGAGCUUACCAUUCAAUUUCUUUGAUGUGUAUUACUUAGUGCUGGUUUUUGCCCUUUCUGGAAAUGAUGUUUGUUUCUCCUGAAAAUGUGUCAGGCACACCAGACCAUUCUUUUUUGUUCAGUUCCUUUAGCAAAACACGUUAUAUCAACUUUUUUCUUAGUAUUUUGAUUUCUGCCGUUCCUGUGUAUAAUCUUUGUGUAUGCUGCAAAUGCACCAGGCACAAUAAUUAAGACCAUCAUUUUUUGUUGAGGCUGUUGACGAGGCUCGAAGAGCGAAAUAUAUUUCGUAGCCUGCGAGCAAGCUCUCCUAUUUGGGCGAGUGAAGCGAGCCUCGCGAGAAUGGGCGAGCGAGCGGUGAAGCCGCGAGGGGCACCUCGCUCGCGCUUUCUCGCGAGGCUUACUUCACUUGCCCAAAUAGGAGAGCUUGCUCGCAGGCUAUAUAUUUCGAGGAUUUUAAAACUUCUAGAACAUUUUUAUUUUUACAUUUUACACUUCGUAUACGUUCUUCGAAUGUGGUAAAGACGUGAUGUCUUAUUUUGCAAGUAGUUCAAGUCAUUUUUCUUUCAAUCCCUUCAACAAAAAUCGUAAUAGCCUUCUCUAUUCAAUAGAGCCACAAUCAUUAAAAACAAGUUGAAUUACACACUUUUUACUUAGGUAUCCUACUGACAAGAGGUCAUCGCAUUAGGAAUAAUCUAUGACUUCAUUUAAAGUCUGCUAGUUACAUUUAAACAACUAACACUGGAAACAUUUUUACUUAACAGGGGAGAAAACCAGAUGAUAGAAGAUUUGAGUGCUGACUUGCUGUCCGCUGUUGCUCCAACACCGAAGUCAAUGUAUCGCACAAGCGGUGGUUAUCACAAUGUGGCUUUUUCAGGAAGAUUUAACCCUGAAAAUCCUGUCAAGUCUCGAAAAGUGUAAUGUUUACUUUUUUAUUGUACAUAGUUUUAUCCUAGGGAAAACAAACCUAUGGUGAGAAAAGUGCUUUAUUUUCCAGAGAAAGGUUUUAGUACAGACAACAUUAUACAGGUCACUGGUUUAUUGAUAUAUUUUAGAUGCUGUUAAAAGGAGACACUUUUGAUCCUGUUUACUUUUGCAUAGGUUCAUGAUGAAACUAACGGCUUUGAUCUGUGCAAUGCAACCUAGGCUUUUAAGAAUUCGUCAAUUUGCAAGUGCCUUUUGAGUACUGUGUUAUUUUAACAAUUGGUGUGUGUCUAAAAUAGAAAUGUAAUAGAUUCUGUUAGGUUGACAUGGUGUAGAAAGGAAGUAAGAUUGAGAGAUGAAAGUUGUCCGGUUCUUCAUUCAAGUGAGUACAGGCUCAUUGAAUUCUAGCAACUCACAGUAACCUAGGAAGAGAAAGUGCAUACUAGUCAAUUUUUUAAUAUCAAUUUUCUGUUCAUAGAAUCAGCUGAAAAGUCACAUGUUAUCAGAGUUGCGUGUUUACUAGGUUAUAAAUAAUGUAACUUUAUAAGCAAUUAUUGGAUGAGGUUUUUGUGAUAUCCGGAAUAAUCAAGGUCGCGGUAAGUGUUAUCAGCCGAAGCUGAAGGCUGAGGCUGAUAACACUAACCGAGACCUUGAUUAUUCCGGAUAUCACAAAAACCGAAUCGAAUAAUUGUUUUAUUAUACAUUGUUUUGAAGAAAAUAACGACAAACGCAUUAUCGCAGCGAUCACAGUUUAUUUUCAAACACUUAAAAAUGUACAACUGAGUGAUAAACAAAUUUUCACCGUAGGUAGCACUUGACAUUACUCUUGGAAAUCAUGCAUUGCGCGCGCAACCUACAGAUUAUUCACUAAUAAUCUAAUCUGUAGGUACAGAUUAGUGAAUAAUCUGUAGGUUGCGCUGUUUCCCAGAAUUAACUGUAGGCUUUUAGCCAAUGAGAAGACAGAUGGUGACUACAAUGUAUAAUAAUAGUAAUUAUUAUAAGCCUGUCAUAAAUACGUAGAAGGUUUUCUUAGUUAAGUUUAGCUGGGAACAUUGCUCAGUAAACUUUAUGUUUGGCCAUGGGGGCGGUCUUAGGCUAUUUCCACGGAUAUUUUUUAAACCGCAUAUGCUUUUUACAUGAAUCGGCCUUCCCUCCACACGAAACCAGUGAAUCCGAAUCAAAAGUAAGUCAGGAUUCGAGUGGACAUGGCCCUAAUUACAUGCAACUUGACUCAUGUCAUGGUUGUAGAUAAAAUAAGGUGGUUAAUCAUCAUUGAAUGAAUCAAUUUAUAUUUUAGGCUGUUACAGUCUUUGCUUUGUUCGCUUAAUUUCAAAGGACUGCAAUGUCAAGAUUAAACUGCUAAAUAUUGUUUUUCAUAAUGUAAAGUGCAACAAUGUUUUCAGUUCAAGGCAGUCAAACUGAAAUUGCAAACAAUUUGACGCAUUCUGAUGUUUUGAGUUAGGUCGUGUGGCUGGGAACAAAAACUUACAUGGUCCCUAACGGCCUGGCUAUGUCCCUUAAUUAUAUUUGUGUCCGGUUUUGGAUAAAGUAUGAAAAGUUAUGUUGUAGAUAUUUGAUUCGACAUAUGAUCUACGAAUUUUCAUUGGCUGUUAAGUCUCGCGCCACUUUCUCCACCAAUAAGAACGUAUUUUCUUGCGUUGGAAACAUUUGGUAUGUGUGAUUGGUUCAUGGUAUUGUCUACGCCUUUUGUGGUUGGUUGAUUUAGGUCGGUUGUUAUCAAAACAAAAGUACAGACUUUGACCAAUCACAGCAAACACAAAAAACGAUAAACCAAUCAGAAUGCGAAGCACUGAAGUACAAGCUGCAGACGUUUAACGCGGGAAAAGAAUCGUAUCGGGGAUGUAGGUCGUCCGCGACGCAGGUUUAGGAUAUAACACAGAAGUGACAAGGUGUUCUUGACUUCCAAAGUUUCUUUUUUUGUGAAUCGCACGGUAACUCAGGCUAGGAAGGUGGUCAUGUACGGGAAAAGUUAAAAAACCUCCCUUUUUCGCUUCUCUCUUUCCCCCCAAAACGCCUGAUACUCGGGCUGCCACCUUCCGUAAGCGCUAAGGGACCACUUUGUCGUGCACCAAGUGUGGUCGCUUAC